CCGGACAACACAAGACCAAACCCAACAGCCAACUCACUUUCUGCAAAUAUACCACAAGAACUUUUUGUCUUAACACAGACGUCCUCAUAUCCCCAUCAUUAUCAACGAACAUACCUCGAAAACACACACACACACAGAACACUAUCCUCUUCACUUGAUUCAAUCUUAUCUUACAUUGGAAAGUAAGAAACUUUGUUGCCCAUUUCACUUGUUUAAUUCUUUUUUUUCAAUUCACAGCAAUUGUUAAAGAAUCAAGAAAGAAUGGCAAUGGCAGCCUUCAAAUCCACAUCAAGAAGGGCAACAACAACAACAAGUGCAGCAACAUCAGAUAAAGAAACUUCAACAAAGCAGCACGCUUUACCAAGAAAAACAGUACCCUCAAGAAGAUCAAGGAGUGUGAGUGCAGUCUCAAGAUCCCAUCUUGUUGAUACUUGUUCAACAACAAGAACAACAGCAGAAGGAACAGCAACAGGGUCCACAGAUUUCUUGAUUAAAAGAGACAACCCGCUUUACUGGAGCAAUGUUUCUCCACCUGGUAAAGAAGUCAGUGAAGUUGUGGCUGACAAGGAAGAGUCUAAGAGUGCACCCACAAAGCCGAAUGCUGUUUGUGAUAGUAGGAGAGGGAGAUCCGUGUCAAGAAAGGCUGAUGCUGGAAGAAACGUUUCUGGGAUUGGUAGGAGUUUGUCUAGGGGUCCUGUUUCUAGAGGGAGGUCUGUGUCUCGGCCUCCUGGCUCUGGAGGCCAUUUCGUGAAUUCCGAGAGUGAUGCUGAACAAGAAGGGAGUUCGUUGAUGAAAUAUAUAAAUGGGAGUGGUGGUUUGAGUGAUGUGUCAAAUGCUGGGAGAAAUAGUGAUUUAGCGAGAAGGAGUUAUGAUAGUAAAUUUGAGAAGAUGAGAAGUUCGCCCAUGCGAUCAGAUGGAUCUGCUGCAGAUUUGCCUUCUUUGCCUUUUAGGAGCUGGGAAGAUGGAGGUUUGGGAAGCUCAUUUUCAGAAGCUGAAGAGAGAACUAUCAAAGCAGUCUGUGAACAAAUGCAGUCAUUCCAAGGGGAUAAUUUGGGAGAUGGCACCUCUAGUCGAAUAUAUGAAACUGUUCGGUCUGAAGUUAGACGUGCCAUUGCUGACAUCCAAAAUGACUUAGAAAGUACUAUCCGAAGGAGUAACACUACCGCUAUUGCAAUGGCCAACGUGACCGAUAUUCCUCCUGAUCUAGUCAACCCAAGUGCAGUUGAAUUAGUUUUGGACAUCAGAAGAGAAUAUGCCAAUAAGCUUGAGCAGUCCCAUGAACGGGCAAGGAAGCUUCGAGCAGACCUGGCUGUCGAGGAGCACCGUGGUUUAGAGCUUAGUAGAAUCUUGAAGGAAGUGCUUCCACAUCCCAGGACAUCAAAUGUGCAGAAACCCCGUGCUGGAAGAAAGUCCAGCAUUGAAAGAAGGAAGGUGUCAAAACGAUUAACAGAUGAAGCCAUGGCUUAUUUUGAUGAAUGUGUGUCGCUGUCAACAUUUGAUAGCUCUGACUUCUCAUCGCCAGAGGAUCCACCAAUAAGCUUUGUUGGUGUUUCUUCCCCUGUUGGUGAUUGUGCAUCCUUUUCCCAAGCAAGUUCUAACGCCGCAGCAAACUGCUAUCCCAACAGUUUCACUACCAAUAAACAGGAAUUGGUUAGUGCACAUAGCCACAGUGCAUCAGUGUUGUCAGCCACUGGAAGCAGCAAGGAGCCUACUCUAGAUGAAGUCAUUCUAAACAGCUCAGAAACACCAUACAGUCAGAGGUUUCAGUUUUCUUUUGCACGCAAGCCAAAUGAUUCCAUCGAAGUUCAGCAAGAUAUUAGGAAGUACGUCAAAAGCUUUGAGAAAGACAUGGAAAAAACUGGCGUCAAUUCAAAGAUUUUAAGAUCAAAUCACUUCGAUCUGGAUGAAUAUAAUUCGCAGGCCUCGAGGCAAAACUUUUUAUUUGACACAGUGUUCCUUAAUAACAGAAUUCAGUCGGGUAGUAUGCUACCAUGUGAUGGAGGCAUGGGAGUUUCAUUUUCGCCUUUUGCUGCCGUAAUCUAAAUGAUGUGUUUAGAUUCUUACAAAUUCAUUCUGACCAUCUGGAAUGUGGAGAACUUUUGUAAGCAAUAGGGUUAUAGUCUUUCAGACAUGUGAUUUAUGUAGAAGGGCUGAGAGCCUGAGACCUCUAAUUAGGGUCCCUAAACAAGCGUGUUGUAUGAAAAAGGGUUCCUUCAAGCA